AUGCAUCACCAACUUUCGUCAGAACCCACGGGGACGAGUGUACACGCGUCCACUGGUGGGCAACAGAUCAGGUCUGAGCCAUUGGCGUCCACCAUUCGAAAGAGCCAUAGUCCCUCUAUGACGGUACCGGGAAGCCCAUCUAAACACAACGCCCCAUCGAAGAGGACUGCAGCUGGGAUCUCCAAACACCUUGUCGAUGCCCCUGGAGGGGACCACCCUUCCGAAGUAGACAGUCCCGAUCGACGUCGCUCUCAUAGUAUUGGCUCCCUAUCGCGUGAGAGCAGGAUUGCAGCGUUGUCCGUUCACCUGCGAACGCGGUUAUCGUAUGCUGCCGCCAAGGUUGAGAAGAGUAGGAAGAUCCAUGGCGUCCAUGCUCAUUCCUUAUCGCCUAGUACAGAAUCUCUCGCUAAGGUUGGACUGUUGCCCGCCUCCAGCGAGAUAGAGGCUCAGCGUUUGGGAGAAAAUAGCUCACCAGAUGGAACCACAAUGUCUGCGCCGGAUCCACCCUCAACAACCAGUUUCUACACCCCGAGCGGCCCUGGGCGGCUGUCUCCUGUGGUCCAAUCCGCCGAUGCCUCGCCACCCUCACACCUCGAUCUGCCAAAAUCCCAUCCCCGUCCAAAACUCGCACCCCCUGCAGAUAUUGCAGGUGGAAGCCGCAGUCGCCGUCGACGUCCCAACCCCAACGAGCCGCUGCACCACCCGAAAGUUUCUGUGUCACUGCAUCGCAGACAUCGUUCUUACCAAGAGGUUGGCGUGUCCAGGCCAGCUGCAAAUUCAGAGAAGGUGCAGGUCCCUGGGACUCCUCCUCUUGGCCCAAUGCGUCAGGCUUCUUAUAACGGUACGGUUGGUCAUCAAAACCACAAUCGAAAUAGCGCUAUGGAACAGGACGCUAUUGAAACUCUGCUUUUCAUGUCCAGUCCUGGACAUUCGGGCUAUCACUCAAGCUCCCAGCAUUCCCAACGUCAACGAAAUAUAUUUCAGAGCAGCCACGAUUCCAGAAGCUCGGCCUCUCGAGUGCCCCAUAGUCAAGACUCUCAAGUCAGUAAUCCCCGUGGUCGGCCUAUGCCAGUUUCAAACGACCAAGGGAUUGGCCUAGAAUUGCACGCUGGAGACGAGAUCGACCGGAUUCUGGAUCAAAUGGACAGUGACAGCGAUGACGAAGUCAAGUUUGCUUCGACCCAGUCCAGCUUUACAGACCAUGGCUCUAAGCAAGCUGACAGCUCUCAAGAGCAUAACCGACGAGGUGGAUGA